AUGGCCUUCGUGAAUUUUGCAAACGAAGCGCGGGAUCGGAGUCAUUCAGCUUCAGUCGCUCUGAAGUAUGCCUGUAAACACUGGACCAUGCAUAUUUCGCGCACUCUGAAUAUAUGGGAGGACAGGCUCAACAAUCUAUUCCAUACUUUCUUGAAUCGUCACCUCUUCGCCUGGCUCGAAAUGCAGUGGUGUCUGAACAGCUUGCGGUCUUGCCUUACUGUUAUAGCCGAAGGGCAGAAACUUAUCAAGCAGACCGUCUUCAAGCCAUUCGGGAAGCAUGCACAGCAACUUUGUGGCCUUCUGCAGCCGGACAAGCGCCCAGCACUCGUUCUCGAACUGUAUCAUCCACUACCAUCCAGCAAGCUUUCCAUAGAUUCAAACAUCCAUUUAUCCCAUCCCAUCUCCAUCGCGCUUUUGGACCCUAAGUUGACAACUUACUUUUACUCUAACAGAUCCUCCAAACCUUCUGCUCUCAAUUUUUUUUUCAUUUCAUCACGCAUAUCACAAACUUCGCGAAUGAGUGAGGAACAAUCUCUUGAAGGAACUUGGACGAGGCUGUCCCAAGUUGCUGUCAAGGGUGCUCAAUACAACUCCCCUGAACGUCAGCCCCACCCAAAAUGUUUGGAAGGGACCCGGGUGGAUCUGCUCAAAUUCAUCCACGGAUUCCUGGACGACCGAAAGAAGAAUCAACUUAUCUGGCUGCAUGGAACUGCAGGCGUCGGAAAGUCUGCUGUCGCGUUCACCGUAGCUGAGAGGAUGAAAGGUCUAAAAGUGACAGAGGAGACGAAUGUCGAAAAGCGACUAGCGGGGACAUUCUUUUUCUCGCGCAAGCACACCAAACGUUGCACGACUGGAUAUUUCUUUGUGACGCUUGCCUACCAGCUGGCCACCAAUUUUCCAAGCAUCCGGCAAGAUGUGAACAGAGCGAUCCGCAACAAUCCUGCUCUACUAGACCCAGAUGCGCCUCUCUGCGACCAGAUGGAGGCUCUCUUUCUCCAACCCCUCCGGAAACUUCAGCUCAGAUUGCGCGGAUGUCCGCCUUUGUCAUUUGUUGUCGACGCCCUUGAUGAAUGCACAUCUGAACCUGAGCUUGCUGAUCUCAUCCUUUCCCUCGCGCAUGCUCUUCGUGACCCUGAUAUUCCCGCGAUCCACAUUCUGCUCACAAGUCGCUCGGAAACCCAUAUCUUUAAAGCCUUUCACAACGAAGAGGUGCGCCCGUUGUUGUGCGAAAUACCUGUGAAAACUUCUGGAGAGGGCGUUGCUACCAUCAUCUCGCUCGACGGCGCCGAUGUUGACAAAGACAUCUAUACUUUCUUGCAGCAUUCCUUCGCAGAGCUGGCAAGUCGCCAUACUGAUUUUCCUCAGCCAUCCAAAGACGAUCUUGCGAAGCUGGCGAGCCGAGCGGGCAGACGUUUCAUCGUGGCGUCUACCAUGAUGAAAUUCAUUAUCGACGAUGAAGACGAUGAUCCGCGCGAUCGGUUGCAGCUGAUGCUCAAGCUAACGAGCGAACUGCUACCAGGAACGGAGGUGUAUAAGUUAUACGAUUGUAUCCUCUCCACGUGUGCCGACCCCAAGCGGGCUUACAUGCACUUGUCCAUCGUCGCCGCGCUCGCAGACCCUCUUCCCAUCUCGCAGAUCUCGUCACUUCUUGGGCCUGGUUUGGGCAGGGAUGUGCAGAGAACACUGAUACAGCUACGGUCUGUGAUGGAUAUCCCUACAGACAGCACUCUCCCCAUGAAUAUCUAUCACUCGUCCGUUCGUGACUACGUUUCCGACCCCUUAAACUGCGGCCUUCCUGAACACGGCUCUCUUGGAUGCGCUCUCAGAACUCAAGAAACAGAGCCAAGCUAUGCAACGUGA